AUGUCGUCCAAAACGUGCACCAAAAAAUGCAAUUUAGGCAUAUCUCAAGAGUCCAGAACUGUUACUUGUGAUGGCUGCAAAAACGAAUUACAUGAAAAUUGCCGUGGUCUUUCUUCAACUGAAUUGCGAUGUAUACCACUAAAAACAAGAAAUUUGAUAUUUAUGUGCGAUGGUUGUCGUCAAGGAUUCAAACUGUUGCCUCAGCUGAUGCAACAGAUCGCUGACUUGGACAAGGAAGUCUCUUCUAUUCGUAACCAAAUGAACAAUGCACCUAACGUGGAAGGAAAUAAUUCAGAUGUCGAAUCUCUCUGUCAUGAAGUUAAUGAUAGUCUUAUUCGUAGUAGAAACAUUAUGCUUUAUAACAUUGAUGAAUCCCUAUCGCCAAAUAUUGCUAAACGAGUUAAACAAGACAUUGUAGGUGUGAAAAAUGUUUUGUCGGGGAUGAAUAUUAACACUGAAAACAUGAAGAGUUGGUCGGAAAAAUGGACAAGGAAAAAGGCCUAUAAUGGCUACUGUUCAUGA